CUUUAAGAAAAAGCAGAAAUCAUUUCUGACGGCACUGACUAUAAUAACAAAACUUAGCUGACUUCCUGCCCUGCAAAUUAUGGCACUACCGUUCCGGAAGGACCUAGAAAAGUACAGAGACCUUGAUGAAGAUGAGCUCCUUGGCAGUCUGUCAGAAGUAGAACUGAAGCAGCUGGAGACUGUACUUGAUGAUCUUGACCCUGAGAAUGCCCUCCUGCCUGCAGGGUUCCGACAGAAGAACCAGACGGCGAAGUCCGCCACAGGGCCGUUUGACAGAGAACACCUCCUUUCAUAUCUGGAGAAAGAAGCAUUGGAACAUAAGGACAGGGAAGACUAUGUGCCCUAUACCGGAGAGAAAAAGGGGAAAAUAUUUAUCCCUAAACAGAAACCUGCCCAGACUUUUACAGAAGAAAAAAUAUCUCUUGAUCCAGAAUUAGAAGAAGCUUUGACAAGUGCUUCUGAUACAGAAUUGUGUGAUCUUGCAGCUAUUCUUGGGAUGCACAAUUUGAUAACAAACACACAGUUCUGUAAUGUAGUGGGAAGUAGUAAUGGUGUCGACCAAGAUCAUUUUUCAAAUGUGGUAAAAGGGGAAAAAAUUCUUCCAGUGUUUGAUGAACCACCAAAUCCCACCAAUGUUGAAGAGAGUUUAAAGAGAAUUAAAGAAAAUGAUGCUCGUCUUGUUGAAGUUAAUUUGAAUAAUAUAAAGAAUAUCCCAAUUCCCACCCUAAAAGAUUUUGCCAAGGCUUUGGAAACCAACACCCAUGUGAAACAUUUCAGCCUUGCAGCCACCCGGAGCAAUGACCCUGUUGCUGUUGCUUUUGCAGAAAUGUUGAAAGUGAACAAAUCUUUAAAGAGUCUAAAUGUGGAGUCCAACUUUAUAACAGGAGCUGGGAUUCUAGCUCUGCUCGAUGCUUUAAGAGAUAAUGAAACCCUGUCCGAGCUCAAGAUUGACAACCAGAGACAGCAGUUGGGGACAGCUGUCGAAUUGGAAAUGGCCAAGAUGCUUGAGGAAAACACCAAUAUCCUUAAAUUUGGAUAUCAGUUUACACAGCAGGGACCCCGGACCAGGGCAGCUAAUGCUAUAACAAAAAACAAUGACUUAGUUCGCAAGAGACGAGUUGAAGGAGACCACCAGUAA